AUGUGACCGUAGAAAAGGAACUAGGGAAAGAUGGCGGCGGCGCCUUCAGAUGAGACCAGCUUGCAGUCGCUCAUCAACAAGACCACCAACCCUCUGAACAAAGAGACAGACUGGGACAGUAUCAAGGGGUUCUGUGAUCGGGUCGACCAUGAACCAGAUGGGCCUCAGCUUGCAACCAGACUACUGGCCCACAAAAUCCAGUCUCCUCAGGAGUGGGAGGCGAUGCAAGCGCUGACGGUUCUUGAGACGUGCGUUCAGAACUGUGGGAAGAGGUUUCACGGUGAAGUGGGAAAGUUUCGCUUCAUUAACGAGCUCAUUAAGGUGGUCUCGCCUAAGUAUUUAGGGAGCCGGGCUCCGGAGGCGGUGAAGAAGAAGGUUUUAGAAAUGCUGUACGUCUGGACUCUGAGGUAUCCAGAUGAGUCCAAGAUAGCCGAAGCUUAUCAGAUGCUGAAAAAACAGGGAAUUGUUAAACAAGAUCCUGUGCUUCCUGAUGAGAAGCCUCUGCCGCCCCCUCCGCCCAGAACCAAAAGUGCCAUCUUUGAGGAUGAAGAGAAAUCCAAGAUGCUGUCCCGUUUAUUGAAGAGCACACACCCCGAUGAUCUGAGAGCGGCAAACAAGCUCAUUAAGGAAAUGGUUCAGGAGGAUCAGAAGCGAGUGGAGAAGGUAUCGAAGCGCGUGAACGCCAUCCAGGAGGUGAAGGAGAGCGUCAGCCUGCUGAGCCAGCUGCUGGAGGGGUACGGAGCGGAGAGCUGCUCCCAGAGCAACCAGGAGCUCAUUAAGGAUCUCUACCAGCGCUGUGAGAAGAUGAGGCCUACUCUGUUUAGAUUAGCGAGCGAUACAGAAGACAACGAUGAAGCUUUAGCCGAUAUUCUGCAGGCCAACGACAGCUUGACGCAGGUCAUCAAUCUGUACAGGCAGCUGGUGAAGGGAGAGGAGGUGACAAAAGAUGGAGGCGCCGUGUCCUCGCAACCAGACACUAAAUCUGGCAGCAGUUCAGCUCUUGUAGACCUGGAAGGACUUAAUGUCUCAGCCAAGACAGAACCGUCCAACUCAAACUUUUCCAUCCCACAGGCUCUGACUCAGAACCUUGGAUUGAACCUUUUAGACGAUGAACUUGUGUCUCUGGGAUUGAAUGUAACGGAAAACUGUGACUCCGGCAGCAUCUCUCAGUUGCUAAGUAUUUCAGAACCCUCAGCUCCAGCUGCAGCGUUACAACCAGCUGUGGUCCAGACCUCACACGCUCCACCAGCAGGCACCCUUCCUGCUCCUCCUAAAGCCAUGGAAGAAUUGGACUUGUUGGGGAAAACCUUGUUACAACAGUCUCUACCUCCAGAAAGCCGGCAGGUGAAAUGGGAUAAACUUCAGUCUCAGUCUAAAGUCCCUUUGCGAGAUCUGCAAACCAAAUCUGGCACCAGCUCUAGACCUCCUGCUGCAGAGCCGACGUCCAGCCUCCUUUCAGACUCACCUGACGCCCUCCUCUUCUCCAACGUUAGUGUCGCAGAGAAAAGCUCGUCAUCAGCGGCUGAUCUUUACGACAGCAUCUCACUGACGGACGUCACCGUGCAUCUGGAAUCCAUCAAACCCAGCAGCUUGUUACCGGUGACCGUAUUUGACAAACACAGUCUCCGCGUGUUGUUCACCUGCGCGCGCGACUGUCCUCCGUCCAGACCCGAUGUUCUGGUGGUGAUCAUCUCCAUGUUGUCCUCAGCCCCCACCCCCGUCACCAACAUCCGUUUCCAGGCAGCCGUGCCCAAAGUGAUGAAGGUGAAGCUGCAGCCUCCCUCCGGUACCGAGCUCCCACCCUUCAAUCCCAUCCUGCCUCCAGCUGCCAUCACACAGAUUCUGCUGUUGGCCAACCCUCACAAGGAGAAAGUGCGUUUACGCUACAAGCUAACGUUCAAGCUUGGGGACAAAUGUCACGACGAAUCCGGUGACGUCGACGAGUUCCCCCCUCCGGACUCCUGGGGGAACCUUUAGUAGAGAAGGACGAGUCGCCCGUCACCUGAUCUCCAUCUUCCUUUAGGUCCAGGAUCUCUGGCGCCGAUUAAAGGAUUACGAUGAAGUGGUUUCAAACUCCCACUUUGCAAACACAGCGAGCCGUGAGGGCAGCUGUGGAAACCAGUUGUGCCUUCUACCUGCGCGGCUACUUUUCUUUCCCUCCAACAGUUAGUUCGGCGCGUUUACGUGACGACCCCCAACCGUCAGAACGCCUCCGAGGAAACGAGCCGAACCUUUUAAAAACUGAAUGUGCGGC